CGCCAUCGCAUGCGCCUGUCAAAUUGCCAUCGCUGACUUUUGCUAUCUAUCCCGUAUUGUGCAAAAUUUGCUGUUGGUCUAGUCGAGGGUUCCGUGAUUGCGGUCGGCGCAUCCUUUUGCGAGCCAUGGCGUCGAAGUGCCUAGUUAUGUAUGGCGCAAGUAAUGUCGUCGUGACUUUCGACGAACCCUGCAGCCGGCAGGACCUCUUAGGCCAACUUGCAAAGAAUGAAACAUUCAAGGAUGUCGACGUCUGCGCCCUUGGCUUAACGAUCUUUGACGAGGACUUUGAGACCUUUGUUGAAAUAACAGAGGACUCCGCUAUCCACAAUAAGUCUAGAAUUAAAGUCAAGGAGACGAACCAAGUAAGGAUAGCAGAUGUCCUCGAAAAAGGACCACCACAACAGGCACGCCCCGGCCAUGUAUACAUGCUGCCAACUGUGCCACAAGAUAUAUCCAUGAGCAUUGAAAGACACAGGGCUGGGCAGUAUUUCAAAAACAGGCGGCGGGUGCUACAAUGGUUAUACCACGAUUUGUGUCUGCAAACAAUGUACCCUGGGAAGCUGUAUGCAGAGGCAGCUCAAGCCCUCAUAGCCAAGUUUCCAAACUUGGCUGACAGUACAGGGACUGGCUAUGACUCGUGGCGAGAAGCUUUAAGAUUUAAAGCUAAAUAUGAGCGAAGAAAGCUCAGACUGCAAGAAGACACAGAUGAUGGCCCACCACCUAAAAGAUCAGUAGUGGUCAACAAUGACAGUCUUGCCACCAAAAGGAUCACAAGACCAUUUUCAGUUGCUGCCAUGGAAGAUGGAGAGGACAAUGAAACAAUUGAUGCUCAUGUUGUAGCCAUGGCUAAAGAAGUUACAAAGGCCCGGCCUGAUUUCGCUUACAUUUCCGACUGCAUGGCAAGAACAUUCGCUAGUAGAAGGAAAUGGAUUGGGGAAAACCCAUCAGUGGGAGACAUUGUGAAGAUGUAUCCCGCUCUUUCCAUGAGCACAAUGGCUCAGCUGGAGUUCCAUCGAAUGACAACAGUGGCAGUUACGGAGAAAUUAGAAGAAGUUCUAGCAAAAGCUGCACAAAAAAUCAUCAUGGCAUCUAAGAAGAAGCGACACCUUCAGAGCUUCCUCCAAAGAUACGAGGAAACCAUGAGCGGCAUCUCAGAGGCCUCACACUAUGAGAUGACACUUACAGCAGCAAUUUGCCUUCUUCCCAGCAUGGUGAAGGAGCGAAUGGAAACGUUCAUUUGCUCUUCUGACCCCACAGUUGUGCACUAUGUGCCCACUAUUACAUAUGAAGGUGAUUUGUUGGAAACAACAUCAUUUUCUGUGUGCCUCGAAGGGCUCAAAAUUGAAGAAGGAAGUUUGCUGGCUGCAGUAGCCACGCUGCUGGCUCUAUACUGGGCUUUCAAUAUUGUGUUUGUGAAAAAAGGCCAGAAGACACUAGAUUUACUGUGCCGCCUAAUUCAGGUGGAUAGUGGUGUCCCUGCGACACCACUCGUCCGUGUAUCGCACAGUCUUUUGAUGCAAUAAA